AUGGAGGGAGCAGCCAUAGCUCUGUUUGCCUUACUCUAUUUUCAUAAAUGUUACGCUGCUGAACUCGACGAGAUUUCAGAUUCAAGGUUUCUGACAUAUGGAGAUACAUUGGUCUCUCCAACCAGAAUUUUUGAACUCAGAUUUUUUCAACCCGGUAACUCUAAGAACACAUAUCUUGGUGUUUGGAACAAGAAAAUCUCUGUUAGAACGGUUGUUUGGGUUGCAAACAGAAACCACCCGCUUCCUGGUGAAUCACUGCUUGUGUUAAAGAUCGCUGAUCAGGGAAAUCUCGGCCUCUACAACAAUAUCAGCAUGAUUUGGUCAUCUAACACAACGACAUCAGGGAACGCAACUGCAAAGCUUCGGGACAAUGGAAAUCUAGUUGUGGUUGAUCAACAGGAGAGGGUUUUCUGGCAGAGUUUUGAUUAUAGGGGAAAGGAAUGGUAUCUAACACCAUUGGACAGCAAAAAUGGAUCAGAAAAAUUUACCAAAUACUCUAAUGUAAAAUUGCCAGACACAGAAAAUACCUGGUUUAGCAUGAGCAUGACUCUGGAAGAAUGUAAAACAAAAUGCUUAAAAAAUUGUUCCUGUAUGGCUUAUGCAAAUCCAGACCCCGGUGUUAGACGAAGGGGCUGCGUGCUUUGGUUCAAUGACCUUCUUGACAUGCGAGUGUUGCCUGAAGGCCGUGCGGGUCCGGAUAUUUUUGUAAGGAUGGCCUCAUCUGAGUCAGAAUUUCCAUCACAUUCCAACGAGAGGCAGGGAGGGGCAAACAUUAAUGUCAUCAACAUUAAUGUCAUCUUAGUUGUAAUCAUUCCCGGGGUUCUUAUAGGCAUCAUCUCUACAUGGUUGUGUUAUGCACAUUGGAAAAGGAAUCAUCCCAAAACAACCAGGGAAGGGAAAAUCUUGAAUGCCUCUACUAGCCUUGAAGAAGAAAUGGAGCUACCAUUAUUUAGCUUCUCUACGAUUGCUAAUGCCACUGCCAAUUUUUUAUCUGACAAUAAACUUGGACAGGGUGGAUUUGGAGCUGUUUAUAAGGGUAUUUUAGAAGAUGGGCAAGAGAUUGCAGUUAAACGUCUGUCCAAGUAUUCAAGUCAAGGACUUGAAGAGUUCAAGAAUGAAGUCAUCUGCAUUUCAAAACUUCAGCACCGGAAUCUAGUGAAGCUACUUGGUUGUUGCAUACAUGGAGAUGAGAAGUUGUUGGUAUAUGAAUACAUGCCAAAUAAAAGCUUGGACUCAUUUAUUUUUGACAUAGCUCAAAGUCUGCUUCUUGAUUGGACCAAGCGCGUCAACAUUAUCAAAGGAAUCGCUCGAGGACUAGUUUACCUACACCACGAUUCACGAUUAAGAAUCAUCCAUAGAGAUCUUAAAGCUAGCAACAUUUUACUAGAUCAGGAUAUGAACCCUAAGAUAUCAGACUUCGGCUUAGCUAGAAGUUUUGGAGGAAAUGAAACCCAAGCAAACACAAACAGAGUUGUUGGCACAUACGGUUACAUGUCCCCCGAGUAUGCACUAGAUGGUCUUUUCUCCAUAAAGUCAGAUGUAUUUAGCUUUGGCAUCUUGAUACUGGAGGUUCUGAGUGGGAAGCGAAAUAGAGGAUUUAUCGAUCCUGAAAACGAAAAUAAUCUUGUUGGACAUGUAUGGAGUCUCUAUACCGAAGGCAGAUCAAUGGAAUUAAUCGAUGCAAGCUGCGCUGAAUCCUGCCACCUUCCUGAAGCUAUAAGAUUAAUCAAUGUUGCAUUGUUAUGUGUUCAACAAAAGGCAGGAGAUAGGCCCAAUAUGUCAUCUGUAGUUCUGAUGAUGGACAGCGAGGGUGAAAUGAUGCAACCCAAGAAGCCAUCGUUUUUUAUAGAAAAGGAGUUUCCUGUAGGAAAUUUCUCCACAGUUGCUUAUACAGGAUGUUCACUGAACGAUAUGAGUAUUACAGAGGCAGAUGGUCGAUAGAGGCAGGAUGUUCAAGUAAAGGGAAUUGUUGAGUAAUGGUGAUAAAUGGGUGUGUAUUAUAUCCUAAGUGAAAGUAGGAAUCAUAUUACAUAUUAAGAUAUUUUUUAGUGUGCACGUCAAUUUUGUUAUUUUGUAUUAUAUCCCCCAUAACAAUUUCCUCUUAUUAAAAUUUA